GAUAAUCUUGAAUAGGUCAGUAAGUACAGUUCACAUACGACAGACGACGGAUUAUUAGAAUUGUGUUGUGUGGUAUACAAAAAAUGUGUCUUUAUUUUGAACUGUUUCGUUGAUUGACACAAACGUGAAAAUUUGAUGAAUCAUCUUUCAAAGAUGUCCAAAAAGAUGCUGAUGAGGAACUGGAGACUAGUUUUUCCGCUGUAAACUUCUAAAAGAUCACCUCAAGUUUGUUAGCUUUCCAUUAAUAUGAGGCCAUCUUCAAUCAUUGCAAUUACGCUGGUAUCCUGCGUUGGUCUAUCUAUCAGUUUCAAUGGAGAGCUGGCAGAACUGGAAUGUCCUGACGAUUGCCAUUGCCACUACUUUCGAGUGAACUGGGUGACUGAUUGUUCUGACAGUAACCUAACCCAUAUCCCUUAUAAUGAACUUAGCCCGAAUGUGUACAUUUUGGACCUUAACGACAAUUUGAUUAGUGAAGUUGGUCCUUUUCCGGCGGAUUUCAAAGUGCGUAGAUUACAACUCUCACACAAUAUAAUGACUGAGCUGAAAAAGGACUCGUAUGCCGGACUGCACUACUUGAUUGAUGCCGAUUUUUCUCACAACAGGAUUGAAAAAGUGGAGACUGACGCUUUUGACGAUUCGGCGGGGCUGAUACAUCUGGAACUUCAAGGAAAUCCUUUGCGUGAAGUUGAGGGACCAUUUAUAUCAAUCAAGUCGUUGUUGUAUUUGGAUAUAAGUAACUGUAGUCUGAGAAAAUUAAACGAUGAUUUUUUUGCGAAUUUACCGCAUCUCAGCACUCUGGAUUUGUCAGAUAAUCCUUUCUUCGAAAUAGAAAACAACGUAUUUAAGCCAUUGAGUGGCCUGGAGACUCUCAAGAUGAAUAGGUGUAAUUUGACUCAUAUAUCAAACACAGCUUUCAGUUCACUGGGUCUGCUGAAAAGUUUAGAAUUGUCUGAGAAUAAUUUCCAUAGAAUCAGUUGGGACAUUGUUUUGAAUACAUUGGAUCUGCUCGAAACCAUCGACUUCAGAAAGUCCGGACUGACUCGUUUACCUGUAACAAUGUUUGACGGCAAUCAAUAUUUACGUACACUAAUCUUGGCCGAGAAUAAUCUACCUGGGCUGAACGUUGAGGAAACAAUAGGGAAACUUCAAAAUCUGGAUACCUUAGAUUUAUCAGAUUGCAAUUUAACUUUGCCGUUAUCAGAGGAUGCAUUUGUCAACGUAACGAAAAUAAGGAACCUUUAUUUAUCUGGAAAUACGUUGUUCGCAUCUGAUUUACUGUUGGCCCUAUCACCUUUAACAAACUUACACAAACUCUCUUUAAGCAAUUGCGGUUUAAGCCGUUUACCAGAUACGUUCGAUAAAUUCAAAAGUUUGCAAGAGUUGGACAUAUCUCACAAUCCACUGAACGACGCGUUCGUUAAGCUAUUAGCACCGCUCGAAACUUUGGAAUACCUAAACAUGGGCUACAGCAACUUAUCCUACAUUCACCCCACAUCAUUUUCGAAGAUGACAUCCAUGCGCCGACUGAUUUUGUCAGGUAAUGAUCUAAAUAGUCUCGAAGCGGGAUUGUUCGAAAACUUGACCCGAUUGGAAAGUUUGGAGCUGAACUUCUGCGGACUACGUCGCCCUCUCAAUGCCACAUUGUUCUUCAACAAUUUCACCUAUACAGACUUGACAGAACUCCAACUUGCUGGCAAUCCACUUCGUGUGUCAAAAACAGGGGUGUUGCUUCCAAAACAACUGUCACGGUUACAGACGUUGGAUUUGAGCAAUUGCAAUCUGACCUUCCUAUCACCAGAAGCUUUUCACUGGACCAGAAAUAUAACUAAUCUGAUUUUGGCUGGAAAUCACUUUUCUUCUCCAAAUGAUUUACGUUUUUUGGAGUUGCUUCCUAAACUUGAGGUCCUCGACUUGAGAUUCAACAAUCUUACAACUUUCUCGCCCAAAGAUCUCAGUCUCAAUCCCAACGUUGAGAAAUUGAAGCUCAUUGGAAAUCCCUGGCGCUGCGACUGCUCCGUGGCGGAUCUUUGGGAUUGGGCCAGUAUAGAGAAAGGAAACCUUGAACUUCUGGAGGGAUCGACUUUGACUCAAGAACACGUGUCGGUGGGAAAAGUGAAGCGUAAGAAGCUACUCGUUUGUCAUUACAACACGGGUGGCUUGCAGCCUGUCAAAAUUGUGAUGAAUAAAACGGUUCCAGGACGAAGGCCCUUCCUUAAUCCUACUCGUACUAUCACUGCUAACCGAACAUGGGCUAAGUACGUGCGAGAGUCAGGAUGCGAACAAUCUCCGACCCUGCAGAGAUCACCCAGAGCUGCCGAAGGAUACGACACUAUGGUCGAUGCAGAUGGAGUUAAGAUGAGAUACAAACAUGUUCCAAAUACUUGGGCCCCUGCAGUAAUCCCCUUAGUUUAUAUGUAUGCAGCUUUUAUGACAGUUCUCGGCUUAGUCUAUCUGUUCACUAGGAAUAUUCGAAAGAAACAAAGAGCAAUAGCGCAUGCUGAUAAAAAUAAUUAGCAAACAACUGGAGUAUCACUUUUCGCAGUAUUAUCAACGAAGACUAAGCCACAUUGAAAAAGCAUCGCCUUUGAGAAAUUAUUAGUCAAAUUUCUCAAGCAAAUAAAUACAUUUCUGGUCAACAUACCCUCAAGAGGAAAUCAUCGAAAGAACAUGUGAUAGUCUUGAGUGCGAUGGAAGAUGUAGCAUCUAGAUUAUAUAUCUCACUAUAUUACAACACACACUUUGUAGUUCUAGUUGCCAAGUUGGAUCAGUACUUGCUUUCAGUACAUUUUCAUUAGUAAUUGCAUGUGUAGUUCCAAUUUGGCCGAAUAUACCAUAAUGCCAAACUUUUGUAAAAUACUUUCGAAUAUUUAUUGAAAUGGCAAUAAAAAAAUCGUUUGAAUCCUGCAUGCUAAGGAUGGCGUUCGUUAUUAUUACUAGAUAUAGUGAAUGCACUGUUGUUCGAACAUUCCAGAAUUGAUGAUAUUAAAUCGGUAAUAUUUCUGA